UGGGCUCAAAUUGAAAAUGUUACAACAGCUGCUCUUGUUGUUAAUAGUUUCGGAGUGUAUCGAUGCCGAGUUUAGCAUUACGAGAACAAUAUUACGACAGCCGCAUGAUCAUGAUAUAGGACUCAUAUUUGACAUUACUGUUUCCAAUAAGCAAUCGGAAAUGCUGGACUUGAGCAUCAGCUCAGAUGGCUUAUGUACUUUAAAUACCAGUUGCGGUGACUUGGUCAAGGCGGGCUCCAUUUAUGGCGGCGAUUUUGGCGCCAUCGAGCCUGGCAGCAGCCUUACAGUCUCCUUAAUUUUGCCCACUGUGUCAGUUUUUAAUCGCGUUGGCUGCUGUUCCAUUGUCGUUAUUAGCUGCAAUCAGCGCCAGGAGUUUGUGCAAACCAAGCAGCUGCUUUACUUUGAUACACGCUUCGAGAUCCUGGAUGCCAACAAUCAUACGCUGCGUGCCCGCAAGCAUUUCAAGGAUUGCAAGAACUGGGAUCUGGAUUACUAUCGCAACUGCACGCCGCUCAGCUGUGAGGAGCUGUAUUUUGGUCAGCGCAGCUUUUAUAAUCGCACUGCUCAGCGUUGUGAGCCGGUGCCGCCUUGUCAUGGCGAUGAGGUCUACUAUGAUUACUUUGCCAAUGAAUGCAUUGAUAUGAAUAAUUUUAUAACUGAUGAAGAAAUUGAGCUGCUCAAAAAGGGCCACUUUGAUGAUAACUACUUGGAGCUGCAUGAUUAUAGCGACAGCAUGCAACAUCAGCAAUAUAGCAAUGCAACAGCAACAAGUUCCGACGAUGAAUUUAACGAGUUAAAACUUAUGAAACCAGGCUGCGACUUAAAAAAUCACCUAUCUCUGGCGGAUUUCAACUAUUGUUUUCAACAUCUGCAUGAUUCAAAGUCAGAAUUCGUACAUAGCGAAUUGGGCUCUAAAAAAUACACUAAACCGAAACGGAAUUCGCUUUUAAGCAGCUUAUAUUAUGAAUGGUAUACGCCUUUGCAAGCGGAUGGCGACGAUGAUGAUGUAAUAGACACGUCAGGAUCCGAAUCAUCUUCCGGUUUGUUUUCACUAGAUAACAUGCUAAUGCUUGGAAGGCUCUUGUCUAUUAUAGCAUUUGUAUUUGCGAUACAAUUCACCGCUAUAGGCCUCACAUAUCUUCUGGUGUGCGCCAGCAUUUAUGGAGUAAUGGAGCUGGUUGUUAAAUUCCAUGCAGAGGAAAAGUCGUCUCAAAGAUUAGCAAAGAAAUUAACGCCACGAAAACACACAAGUCACAAGGGAGUUGUUACAUCUGAAAGUUUAAUGUCAACACGUUGAUAAAAUAUUUAAGAAAAGCAGUUAAAAUCCGUUUCAAAUAUAUAAGCCAGUUUUGCUGCUGUGGUGGUAGGCUAAUAUAAUUGGAUGAUACUCGCUGGCAUUUU